GUCUCAUCAAUACAGGCAUCAAAGAGUACUAGUAAUCGUGUCAAGUCUCAGCAGAAAGCUAAUACAAACGAAGACAACAAGAGAUCCUCUAAUCGACGGGUUCCUGAUCAUCAUGUGUCGCCGAUUGAGAUGUCUAACGAUGAUGAUGGGAACGACGAUGAUCCUUGGUAUAUACCGGAAUCGCCUCGAGAGCGCAAGCAAAAUUCACAGCCAAAUGCUAAAGCUAAUGAAGACCAAAACUCUCUAGGCACGCCAGACAUGGUAAUAAGCCCCAACUCAAAGAAGAAGCGGAGGCCAUUGCAGUCAAUACAGCCCAGAACGAAGACGAGGAAUGCAGCAAAGGCAACAGCAUACAAAAAUGGAAGGGCUUCACCUCAAGAUCUUGAUGAAAGUAAAUAUUUUGCCUCAUCGAAGAGCCAAAAACCACAACGCAACAAAAGAUCCAAGGAAGUCGAAUCGAGACAGCUAGAGCAAGAAGAAGCCAAAUCCUCCAGACAACGUCCAAUAUAUAUAUUAGAUAACCCUGGCUCGUUAAACCAUGCUGAAGAAGGCACAGACGAAACAUGCAAGCAAACAGCUGCUCGAUCACACAUCUCAGAAGAAGCACCAGCGGAGACCAUUCCCCGAGACCAGGCUCUCCAGAAAGAUCUUGAGAUAGCUCCAGUACAACAGGAAGGGCCCAUCAUUAUGGAACCUCCAGGGCUUGCGGAAGCCAGGAGCGCUCGAUCUCCCCCCGAGGAACAGAUACAUGCCGCGCCACUUACUGCAAUCACUGCUAAGUACAGGGAUCAAGAAAUCGCAUUACCCACAGCGGCCCCUGAAGUCCCUGAAGUCCUAGAUGAGCCCAAAGAAAGUCUCAAUCAACAGAGUGCCAUGGCAGAAACCUUAUCAGAAAAUGUGGUAAGAGAAACCUGCCAUGACGACCACACGAUACUCUCAGUCGAUAAAGUCACCAAUGGAAGCGAUAAUCAUGGGGAAAUCGACAGCAAGGAAAAUUCCGAGCCAAUGGGGAAAGCCACUUCAUCACUGCCAGCUUACCAUUCUAGCUCUGGCCGGGAAUCUCAAACGAGGAACGUAAAAGAAGACUCGGCAAGUAGGCACGUAUAUGUUGGCGAGUCUCAACAUGCCCCGACAUUCCUUUCUAUCAAAGCGAACAGCUAUAAACUGCCUGAUAGGACUGCAGCACGAAUCAAUCGGCGCUUAGUGACUAGUGACUUGGGAAGUCCUUCUAAUCCCUCGCUUGUAGUCGCAGGUAAUGCUGAAAAGCGUGAAAAUAACCCUCCAGAUGGCGUCCACCAAUCCUUUCACGAUCAACCCCGAUAUAGUGUGCCAAAUAAUAUUUGGAUGUCUCUCAACAAUGACAUUCCUGAGCCUAUGCAGGUUACUUCAGACUUCGAGACCUUACCCCCCAAAGGACAUGCUCCACCACAGCCAACCCAUAUUCGGUAUCAGGUUCAUAGUCCAGAAUAUCAGUCACAACAGGACACAGUGGAAUGUCGACACAAGCUGAAUUCAAAACCUCACGUAGGAAUAACCCUAAGCAAGACUGCGACUUUUGUAGGGGGGAACGAAAAGGAAUAUGUGCUUCCCCAACUUCAUCCUAAAUCUAUAGCCUUUGCAACCAAGAUUUCCAAAGAACAAAAACAAGCGGACGAUUUUGAGGAAGUCGACCAAGAAACAACGAAUGAGACAGAGACCUGUCGAUCAACAAGGAAACCCACAUGGCUGGGACCACAAGAUUCAGCAAACCCCCGAGAUAACCAUAGGGGUGCCUCUCUCAAAUCUAUUAGAUCAGGCCGCUCGAGCGAUCUAGAGUCGAAACCUAGAAACGAGGAACGGUGGGAAAAUGCAGUAAAUGUCGCUUCUGACGGGGUUAUAGAUGCCCUGCACCAUAUUUCUACGGUGAGUGCAUCGUCUUGUUGGCUUAGCUUAGCAUUAUCUAACGAGGGAACAGAAUCUUCUCGAACAUCUGAGAACUCGAGAGGAAAGUAUUUUUGCUAUCGUUAAGGAGUAUAGACGCAACGGGAUGAAAAUAUCAAAGAGAUUGACCAAGCGACAAACCGCAGAAUGGCUCGAGGCGUCGACUACAACCAGAGAUAAGCUUUUGGAACUAACAUCGUUAUACGGCGAGCUAUCUACACAGACACAUGACUUCCACUCUAAAUGCCUGACGAAACAUCGCAACCAGGCAUACGUAGAAUGGCAACGGCAAACAGCCAAGGUCAAAAACGCACUUCGUGUGGCUAAAGAGGAAGCAGCAUUGACUUAAAGUUAUCAUUGAACCCUUACCUAACCUAGCACACCCUCGCCGUCACCUGGCGCCAAAGCUUUGCUGAUCUAGUUGCUAAUAGUAGCGCUUACUGACAUUUUAAAAAGAAAUCGUGAUUUGCUAGGGCCGGUCGGACGACUCAAAGAU